GGAGGCUGCUAGUGAGGUCAUGCAAGCAGUGCACGGACCGGCAUCCUCGAGAGAAGACUCCUUGGCGGAGCAUCUGCCAGUUGUGGGGGUCCAAGGGUGUGUCCUUCAUGAGUGUUACCGUGUCCAUGCUGGCAUUGGUUUUGGGUGGCGGAAUUACCAAAAUGGACCGGUACUCUAAUGGAGCCCUGGGUCAGCCGCUGUGGUCACACUUGCUGGAGAGGGACAUUCGAUUCUACCCGGAUAGCUGUCAGUGGCAGCGGCGUCUCUUACUAGCCCUGUGCCCCUCCGCCUCACAGGGAACACGCUUGCUCUGGAUGCUUGAAAGUCCACCCUCAGUUCUUGAACUCCUGCACCCUAGAGCUGGACCCCCCUCUCUUCCUGGUCCUGCCACCAGCAGACCCUGAGUAUGGCCAGCACGGGACAAGAGGCCACCAGCCUCUCCAUGGCAGCCCUGGCCUGGCUGAGCGCCAUCGCAAGCUGCGUGCUGCCCAUUCGAAGGGUGACGUUUUUAGAAGACGAACCCAGGUGGCAGCCUUGGGAGGGCCUGUGGCACGUGUUCAGGAAAACAGAUGGAUGCAGCAUAGACUCUGGCACCAGGCCCGCUGUAAUGCAGGACCUGCGGAUGUCCUGAAUCCUUGUGGUCCUCAGCGUCACUGGAACCUGGCUGGGUUUGCUGCUGUGCAUGGCUGGGGACAAACACUGAGCGUGUGAAGAACGAGAGUGUUGAAGGCAAGAUUGUGAAGGCGGGCAUGUUCUUUGGCAUUGGCUUUCUGGCGCUGACGUCCCUGUCUUGGAUAACAUACAUCAUCAGCCAUGGUUUCUCGAACCCGCUGUUGGGCUACGUGGCCUGGGCCAGCUCAGUGCGACUAUUUUGGGGGGAGCCUGCUGUGUUUCAACUGUCCCUCAUGCAGUGGCCUCCCAGAUGCACUGUGGACAUGGUCACAGUUGCUUCAGGAGCCAACAGCAACGACUCCGGGAAGUUUCUCUCUACCUUUAAAUUGUUUGUUAGACAGACCUCAGACCAUCUCAUAACCCUAUUCUGGCAAGUGUUCCUGACACAGCCCUGGAUGGAGCAGGGUCCUGGAGAACUUACUCAGGAGGCUUCCCUCCUGGGGAUAGAAUCGCUGGAGGAAGACAAGGCUGGAGGAAGAAAAUACACAUGGAUGGGGUCAGCUUCACAGUGGACCCCAGACAUGCAGCUGGAUGGAUGUCACCGUGCUGAGGCGGGGCUUCUUGGCGAUGAAGCUACCCGAGUCGCCCAUGAACCUCUGAUCCAGAACCGCAGGCACUUGUACGAUUUCCUGCUCCUGAAGAUGGCCGCCUUUCAGCACUGGGUACUGGGACUGGCCCAGGAGGCCAGGGGCUCCGGCAGUGACCAGGUCCACCUGCUUCCGGGAACCACUGUAACCUGCUGUCUGGGCUUGGCCCUUCGAGCUGGACUGGCAUUGCUCUGGGUCCCCAUGUGGCUGGUCCUCUGCGGACCCAGGCUGGUGUACGAGGUUGGGCUGUGCUGCACCUGCACCUCGAGACGGGCCCUGCAGCGGCUCGGUGCCUGGGAAGCUCUGGGGGGACCCGCAUCCAGGGCCAGGGACCUGCUUCUCUCCUGUCUGCACAGCCUCAUGCUGGUGGCCUUGCUGCUGCUGCUGCUGACCUGGAGGCUGCUGCAGAAAGCCCAUCGCUUCAGUCUGGGCUGGCUGCCCAGCCAGAAUUCGGUGUUGCUCGGAGCCCUGGCACUGCUGAGACGCCUCUACUUGUGGGCGGAGCACGUGACCACACUCAUGUCCUGGAACCUGGUCUAUCUUGUCACUUGGACUACCUGCCUUGCUUCCCACCUGCUUCAGGCUGCCUUUGAACACACAGCCCAACUGGCCCAGGCCCAGGAGGCCAAAGCCCAGGAGACCUCAGGGCCCCCACCUCAAUUCUUAAUUCCAGAAUCCUCCACCACUGAGCCUGGGCCCUUUCCAACCCAGCCUGCAACCCCUGGAGAAUAAAUGUGUCCCCCACCUGCC